AUGGCCAACGCCCUCAACGCCGUCUACCGCUGGGCGAUCCCCGCCGCCGUCGGCUUCUCCCUCAUCCAGGCCUCCAUCUACGACGUCCGGGGUGGCACGCGGGCCGUCAUCUUCGACAGGCUGUCCGGUGUUAGGGACGAGGUCAAAAACGAGGGCACCCACUUUCUGAUUCCGUGGCUGCAGAAGGCCAUUAUCUACGAUGUGCGGACGAAGCCGAGAAACAUCAGCACCACGACGGGCAGCAAGGAUCUGCAGAUGGUGAGCUUGACGCUCAGGGUGCUGCACAGGCCCGAGGUUAGGAUGUUGCCGAAGAUCUAUCAGAACCUCGGCCAAGACUACGACGAGCGCGUCCUCCCCUCCAUCGGCAACGAAGUCCUCAAAGCCAUCGUCGCCCAGUUCGACGCCGCCGAACUCAUCACCCAGCGUGAAGCCGUCAGCAACCGCAUCCGGACCGACCUCCUCCGCCGCGCGCAAGAGUUCAACAUCGCCCUUGAGGACGUCAGCAUCACGCACAUGACCUUCGGCAAGGAGUUCACGCGCGCCGUCGAGGAGAAGCAGAUCGCGCAGCAGGAGGCCGAGCGCGCGCGCUUCAUCGUCGAGAAGGCGGAGCAGGAGCGCCAGGCGAAUGUCAUCAGGGCGGAGGGCGAGGCUGAGGCUGCGGAUACGAUUAGUAGGGCGGUGGCGAAGAGCGGUGAGGGUUUGAUCGCGAUUAGAAGGAUUGAGACGCAGAAGGAUGUCGCGCAGCUGCUUUCGAAUAACCCGAAUGUUACGUACCUGCCUGGUGGCGCGGCGGGCGGUGAAGGUGGGAAGAGUGGGGGAAACUUCCUGCUAGGGUUGAGGUCGUAG